AUGCUUCCUUCGACAGGUCUAUUCCGAAAGCUGACAUGUCCUUACUAUCCCAAUUGCCCACGUAUUACUUGCAUUUACUCUCAUGAUGCUCCCCCAUCAGCACAAGUCUCUAGGAAACGUAAAGCAGCAGCGACCGAUCUCAAGAACAAGUCGAACGAUCCUGCUGUGAAGAAGAAACAGAUCGAUGUGGAUAAUGCUACUACCACCACAAAGAGUCAACCUUCCACGAUGAAUCCAAAGCGUCCUAAUCGCCCAGUGUCAGAAAAUGCAUCCUCAACAACAAUUCAACGACAGCGACAACCACCAACCAGCACCAGUAGCACUCUCAAUAAACCAGCAUCUUCUGAUAUACGCCGUAAGGUCACUUCCGCAUCUUCAUCUCUUCAGCAAACUUCAACUACAACACCAUCCUUUUCAUCUUCCGGUCCACGUCGUAUCGCUCAUACGACCAAAGCAUCCACCUCUGCAACAGGUCCACCCAUUAUGAAACCCAACAUGAGAUCCCAUGCACCGCUUAAGCUUCGCCAAACCACAGUACAAAGAAUCUAUGAUCAUUUCAUUCGAAUAUACGCGCCUUUGAUUCAACAACAUCCCGCAUUGGCUAGUGAACACACUGAAAGACAAGAAGCCAUGAUUCUCGAGCAGACUACCAAUCAAGCUGGAUACAAGCAGAUGGCUAUGAAUGUGCUCGUUCAACUCAAAAAGCGUCCCGAGUCAACAGGCAUUCAUGAUGUGGGAAUCACUAGCGAAUGGACCGAGCCCUCGGCGGGUAAUGAUAAUCAAUCGUUGGCGGAUCGUGCCCAACCGUAUGUGCUGACACAAGGGCAAAUGCAAGAAAUGCGAUAUCCGACUACAGCACAACUUGAGGAGAGCGCGUCAGCAACAGAGACCCAUGAAGCAGCGCUCACAGUUGGCACUACUAAAAAGUGUGACCGAUGCAAGAAGGAGUAUGUUGUCAAAGAUGUCCUUGGACCUCAAGAGAAUGCCGUAUGUGUUUUCCAUUAUGGUAAAAUGCGCAACAUUUUGACUCAUGGUGAGAAGCAAAGAACCUACACGUGCUGUGGCGAAUCACAUGGAAGCGCUGGAUGUGCAAAAGGACCACAUGUAUACAAAGAUGAAGCUAUCCAACAAUUGCAUGCCAAAAUUCCUUAUGUAUCUACUCCACAAGAAAAAUCGGAUUCUUGGCGAUCUUUGAUAGCAUUGGAUUGUGAGAUGGCUUACACAACAGCAGGAAUGGAAUUGAUCAGAUUGACAGCAAUCGAUGGUCAAGCCAACAUGUUGAUCGAUGAAUUGGUAUUCCCGUCGCACAUGGUGAUCGAUCUCAAUACGCGCUAUAGUGGAAUCAAGACAUUAGCAGGUGCCAAACAUAAUCUGGAGAGCGUCCGGCAGGAGCUAUUCAAGUAUAUCAAUGCCGAUACCAUCCUUCUUGGCCAUGGAUUGGAAAAUGACAUGAAUGCCUUAAGAUUGAUCCAUGACAACAUCAUUGAUACAGUCGCGCUUUAUCCACAUCCCAAAGGGCUCCCUUUCCGUUAUGGUCUUCGAUUAUUGGCCAACAAGCAUUUGUCAAAAUUCAUUCAAGACACGGUUGAAGGACAUGAUUCUUAUGAAGAUUCCAAAACAUGUAUUGAGUUGCUCGAGGCAUUCUUGAAAUUGCAAAAUAAACAGUGA